AGUGUGACUACAAACAACGGAGCAAAAAGACCCCAACCCAACAUAUGGCCUCGUUUCUGUCUUCCACUCUUUCCAGUCCAUCUCUCCUUGCACACACGCUCCUCCUCCACCUCCUCCUACUCUGUCUCCUCCACUAAAUAACCUGGCCGCCAUUUUUCAUUCCCAUUUCCACUCUCAGCUUCCACUGCCAAAACCCAUUUCAUUUCUCUAAUGUCCACGGCAACGGCUAUUUUUCUCUUCUUCAUUUCUGCAACCAUAAUAACGUACACUCAAAGCGAUGUCGUUUCUUUGUCUGAGGAGAUCCAAGCUUUGACGUCGUUCAAGCUCAAUCUCAACGAUCCACUAGGAGCAUUAGACGGUUGGGAUGAAUCCACGCAGUCAGCUCCUUGUGACUGGCAUGGCAUUGUAUGUUACAAUAAACGAGUUCAUGAAGUACGGCUACCUCGUCUCCAACUCAGUGGUCAACUCACUGACCAACUCUCUAAGUUACACCAGUUGCGUAAGUUAAGUCUCCACUCAAACAACUUCAACGGCUCCAUCCCUCCCUCGCUCUCUCAGUGCUCUCUCUUACGCGCCGUUUACUUGCAGUCCAACUCACUCUACGGUAACUUUCCGUCAGCUAUCGUCAACCUUACCAACCUUCAAUUCCUCAACGUCGCUCACAAUUUCCUUAGCGGAAAAAUCUCUGGUUACAUUUCAAAUUCUCUCCGUUACCUCGAUAUCUCAUCAAAUUCAUUAUCCGGUGAGAUACCGGGGAACUUCUCAUCGAAAUCUCAGCUCCAACUCAUCAAUUUAUCGUACAAUAAAUUCUCCGGUGAAGUUCCGGCGAGCAUUGGUCAACUUCAAGAGCUUGAGUACUUAUGGCUUGAUUCUAAUCAGUUGUACGGCACUUUACCAUCAGCAAUAGCCAAUUGUUCAUCGCUUAUUCAUUUAAGCAUCGAAGAUAAUUCGCUUAAAGGUUUGGUACCGGCAAGUAUUGGCUUAAUACCUAAACUCGAAGUGCUUUCUUUAUCUCGGAAUGAAAUCUCCGGCUCGAUUCCGGCGAAUGUUGUCUGUGGAGUUUCGAAGAAGCUGAGGAUUCUGAAGUUUGGAGUUAAUGCAUUCACGGGAAUUGAACCGCCGUCAAAUGAAGGUUGUUUUAGUACUCUGGAGGUUUUAGAUAUUCACGAGAAUCACAUUAACGGCGUGUUUCCGUCUUGGUUGACUGGUUUGACUACGGUUAGAGUGGUUGAUUUUUCAGGAAAUUUAUUUUCGGGGAGUUUGCCGGAUGGUAUUGGUAAUCUUUCGAGGUUAGAGGAGUUUAGAGUGGCUAAUAAUUCAUUAACUGGUGAUAUUCCUAAUCAUAUUGUAAAAUGUGGUUUCUUACAGGUUCUUGAUCUUGAAGGGAAUCGGUUUGGUGGUCGGAUUCCUAUGUUUUUGAGCGAAAUAAGGAGGUUAAGGUUGUUGUCUUUAGGAGGGAAUUUGUUUUCCGGUUCGAUUCCACCGAGUUUUGGAGGUCUUUUUGAGCUUGAAACGUUGAAAUUGGAGGCUAAUAAUUUGAGUGGAAAUGUGCCCGAGGAGAUAAUGAGGUUGACAAAUUUGAGCACUUUGGAUUUGAGCUUUAAUAAGUUUUAUGGUGAGGUUCCUUACAAUAUAGGGGACUUGAAGGGUUUGAUGGUUUUGAACUUGAGUGCUUGUGGGUUUUCAGGGAGGAUUCCGGCUAGUAUUGGGAGUUUGUUGAAGCUGACAACUCUGGAUUUGAGUAAGCAAAAUUUGUCUGGUGAGUUGCCGAUUGAAAUAUUUGGUUUGCCAAGUUUGCAAGUUGUUUCUUUGGAAGAGAAUAAGUUAUCUGGGGCUGUUCCUGAAGGUUUCAGCAGCUUAGUUAGUCUACAGUAUCUGAAUCUCACAUCUAAUUCCUUCACUGGCGAGGUUCCGGAGAAUUAUGGAUUUCUUACGUCAUUGGCUGUUCUUUCAUUGUCUCGGAAUUAUAUUUCGGGUAUGAUCCCAGCUGAGCUCGGUAACUGUUCAAGUCUUGAAGUGCUUGAAAUGCGUUCUAAUCAUCUGAGGGGCGGCAUUCCAGGUGAUAUCUCUCGCUUGUCACGUUUGAAGAAGCUUGAUUUGGGUGAGAAUGCUUUAACUGGUGAAAUCCCGGAGAAUAUUUAUAGAUGCUCCCCUUUGAUUUCUCUUUCGUUGGAUGGUAAUCAUCUUUCGGGCCAUAUACCAGAGUCAUUGUCGAAGUUACCAAACCUCACAGUUCUGAAUCUUUCCUCCAACAGCUUGAAUGGGACUAUUCCAGCAAAUCUUUCUUACAUUCCAAGCUUGAUAUACUUAAAUUUAUCAAGGAACAAUCUUGAAGGAGAGAUUCCAGAGUUGCUAGGUUCUCGGUUCAAUGAUCCUUCUGUGUUUGCUGUGAAUGGGAAAUUAUGUGGUAAGCCAGUGGAUAGAGAAUGUGCAGAUGUUAAGAAGAGGAAGAGGAAGAAGUUGUUUCUAUUCAUCGGCGUGCCCAUAGCUGCAACUAUCCUUUUAGCGUUGUGUUGCUGUGCAUACAUUUACAGUCUUUUACGCUGGCGCAGUAGGCUUAGAGAUGGGGUAACCGGUGAGAAGAAGCGAAGCCCAGCUCGUGCAAGUUCAGGGGCAGACAGAAGUCGUGGCAGCGGAGAAAACGGAGGGCCAAAACUUGUCAUGUUCAAUAACAAGAUAACAUAUGCAGAGACAUUGGAGGCAACUAGACAGUUUGACGAGGACAAUGUGUUAAGCAGGGGAAGAUAUGGACUUGUAUUCAAGGCUUCAUAUCAAGAUGGAAUGGUGCUCUCAGUCCGGCGCCUCCCAGACGGAUCAAUCAGUGCAGGCAACUUUCGUAAAGAAGCGGAAUCACUAGGCAAGGUGAAGCAUAGAAACCUAACAGUUUUACGUGGCUACUAUGCAGGACCACCUGAUGUAAGGCUACUCGUCUAUGAUUACAUGCCAAAUGGAAACCUUGCGACUCUCCUUCAAGAAGCCUCACACCAAGACGGGCAUGUUCUAAACUGGCCAAUGCGCCACUUAAUUGCUCUCGGCAUUGCUCGUGGGCUAGCUUUCCUGCAUUCACUCUCAAUGAUUCACGGUGAUGUCAAGCCACAAAAUGUCCUUUUUGAUGCUGAUUUCGAAGCACAUUUAUCUGAAUUCGGGCUCGAUAAAUUAACCAUAGCAACACCAGCAGAAGCCUCCUCGUCUUCCACCCCAAUGGGUUCACUAGGCUAUACAUCACCAGAAGUAGCAUUAACAGGACAACCGACAAAAGAAGCUGACGUGUACAGUUUUGGCAUUGUAUUGUUAGAGAUUCUAACAGGAAGGAAACCAGUUAUGUUCACGCAAGACGAAGACAUUGUCAAGUGGGUGAAAAAGCAAUUGCAAAGAGGCCAAAUAUCAGAACUACUUGAACCCGGAUUGCUUGAGUUAGACCCAGAAUCAUCAGAAUGGGAAGAGUUCUUGCUAGGAAUCAAAGUUGGCCUUCUUUGCACAGCACCUGAUCCACUUGAUAGACCAUCAAUGGCUGAUAUUGUUUUCAUGCUUGAAGGUUGUAGGGUUGGACCAGAUAUUCCAUCUUCACUACCUUCUCCAAUUUGAAGAAACCUUUUAUUUUCCCUUUGUGUUUUACUUCCAGAAAGAAGUCAUUCUUGAUUUUAUUUUAUUUUCAUUUUAUUUAAUUAGUGUGAUGUAAUUCAAUUUAUCACCAUCAGUCCAAGAGGGUGUCUUUAUUUAUUCUUUCACAGUAUUUAUUGUUCCUCGA